AUGAAGUACAUGCUUGCUAAAGUUAUUCUACAAUCGACGGAAACACACAGAACCCCACUGCAAGAGGAGAAGAAACUUGGAAGUUUUGCCGUGAUUCCUUCAAAAGGAUCCGGGAAACCGAAAUCGCGCGUCCUCCCAGAGGAAGCCGAGAGAAGCACACAGAAGACCCGCGUGGCAGGAAACAUCAUCUUCACGGAACCAUCCGAAAACCAAAAAAUUCAGCCGAAUCCAGUUGAAAAAAGACGCAAUCACUCAUACUGGUUGCGAAAUACUAAAGAACAACUGGACACCAAGAAAUCACUCCUUUCUAUAAAAGCCAUCGAGGACAAAAUGGCUGAAAUCCAGUUGUUUAAGACUAAGAUUACGCUUGCAUGCAAGCUUAUACGGUCAAGCGAGUCAGAUCUGAAGCAGCUGGACCAACCUUUCACAUUCCCUCCUCAAAAGGAUGAAUGUGAAGUCUACAUCAGAGAAAGAACGGUCAACUCAACGCACUUGACGACCAAUCUACAAAAGCGAAAGAGCAUCACGACGCUUACGUUGGAAAAGCAAUCGAAGCAAUAA